UGACCAGCAAAGAGGAACCUCAGCUACACAUUCGCAAACAACAACAACAUGAUGGCAUGGACUUGGACGAUUUGUUGCCCCAAGUGGGAGAGUUUGGCAGAUACCAGAAGCUGCUGGUCUGGCUGGUGUGUCUACCAGCUUGUGUACCGUGUGGUUUCUGCGCUUUCAACCAGCUGUUCAUGGCAGACACUCCCGACCACUGGUGUCUGGUGCCCGAGUUGAUGGAAUAUGAUGUUCAACUGAGGAAACAACUCGCCAUCCCAAUCACUGAAGACUCAGAUAAUGUGACAUCGUACAGCAAGUGUCAAAGAUACAAUGUCAACUGGACCCAGUUGCUGUCGGACUUUGACAUAGACAGCCUCUCUGCUAAUGUCAGCUGGCCUGUCGUCAGUUGCGACCAAGGCUGGGAAUUUGACACUUCCGUCAUCUCCUCCUCUAUUGUUAUUGAUUACGAGCUAGUUUGCCAAUACGACAUCUACCCUACAUACGGCUUGGUUGCGCUCAACGCUGGAGGCCCAAUAGGAGUUUACAUGUUUGGGAUAAUAAACGACAGGUUUGGAAGGAGGUUGUCAUUCUUUAUUUGUCUUGCGACGCUCAUCUUUGGUAACCUGACAAGUGCAUUUAUGCCAGACUUCUGGCUGUGGGCCUUCUGUAGAGCAGUAGUGGGCCUUACGAUCCCGGCCGUGUAUCAGAUACCCUUCAUAAUCUCUCUGGAGCUGGUUGGACCUAACUAUCGUUCCUUUGUCACUGUCAUGACUUGCCUCUUCUACACCCUGGGUCUGGUUCUGUUGGCUGGGGUCACAUAUCUGGUGAGGGACUGGGUCCAUCUCUCUAUUGUAACGUCUCUACCGUUCCUCCUGUACUACAUAUACUGGUGGUUUCUACCUGAGUCUCCAAGAUGGCUCUUGGCUAAAGGGAGGUUAGAAGAAGCCUCCAAAAUACUGGAAACUCUUGCAGCCGUCAACCAAAAGGAGUUGCCAGAUUCUUUUAAACUUAAAUUAAAGCAACGUAUGAUGUUACAACGUACUCGUAGUGAGAUGAAGAGGCUGGAGACUGGUCCUGGAGUUUCUGCACUGUUCAGAACACCCAACAUGCGACUGAAAACCAUCCUCAUCACUCUCAACUGGUUUGCCAAUGAGAUGGUGUACGUAGGCUUGAGCUACUAUGGACCAGCCCUGGGUAGUGAUCAGUAUCUCAGCUUUUUACUCUCCUCUCUGGUAGAGAUCCCAAGCUACUUGGCAUGCUGGGUAGUCAUGGACCGCUGGGGGAGACGUUGGCCUCUCGUUAUAUGUAUGAUAGCCAGUGGAAUAUGUUGCAUCAUUACUGUUCUUCUUCCUCCUGAGGCAGUGACUGAGACAUUGGUCCUGUUUUUGAUGUCAAAGUUCGCAAUAUCAGCAUCAUUCCUAAUCAUUUACCCAUUCACUGGAGAGCUUUACCCCACACAGCUGAGAGGGGUGGGGAUUGGCUUUUCUGCCUACAUCAGUGGCCUUGGGUUGAUCAUCAUCCCAUUCAUCACUUAUUUGGGUUCAGAACACCUAGUGUUGCCGUUGGUUAUCAUGGGAGCUGUGUCAGUAGUGGGAGGCAUCACAAGUCUGAGACUGCCAGAGACAUUACAUCAUAGACUGCCUCAAACUGUGGAGGAGGGAGAAGAGUUUGGCAAAGACUGGACACUGACUGAUUGUUUAAGAUGUAUACCACUACAGCCAAACUCUAUCAACACCUCUUAUGAGGACCUGGACGCCCCUGUAGAGGUGGAACUACAGUCCCAGACCUACAGACCAGCUAUGAGUCUCUCACUGUCUACGCCAGACAAGGAAAGUGCUCUACUGGGCCGUCGUCCGCCGCGGCUCGUUAGACAAGCCAGCAUUAUGGAGACACCAUUAGACUCUCGGGGCAGUAUGAAGAUGACCUACUGGUUCUAGAGUCAGAAAACCCCUUAUUGUGUAAUUUAGGGAGGUUUUGCUCAAAGUUAACACAAUUUCAAAGGGAUAUUUAACGGUUUUCAUUGAUUAAUAACUGAUAUCCAUGCAUUUGUGGUCCCACUUACUUUGGAUACAGUCUGUACUAUGUAUCACGGAUAUUAGAAUAGAAAAAGUAUGGAUCAUAACAAAUGAGGUCACUUGCCCGAAUCUCUAUACUAAUUGCUGUAAAAGCUGGUUUGUGCGGUUUUUGACAGUUCCAUUUAAAUAAUAUAAUAACAAAAACAUC